AUGUCUGAACCGGAUCUCGUCGCCUCGGUCGACAGCCCGAGCAACUCAGAUGCCGUGCAGCGGCAGGCUGCAAUUCUUCAUAAACACCUCCCAGAGGGCUACUCGGCUGAUCCAGAGGUUAGCUUGGCCAACGAACCCGUCGAGGUCGCCAAUGGGCAGGAUGGCAGCAGUGAUGCAACGCCGACUUUGGAGACGUUAGAAUCGUCCCUGAAGCUACAAGGCGGCGAUAUCCAUCGUGACAUGUUCAAGAUCAGGGCCAAAGCGGGCUCCAUCCGCCGAUCCAACACCUUCUCUCACCAUCCCUCGCCUCACCUGGGCCCAUCUGGCGAGCUGACGGCCUCUGAGCAGCUUGAGCCGGGCGGAUUUAGGCGGCAGCAUCUGCGUCGGCGAGCUCGGCAAAGAGAGCAGAGCGGCCUUGUUGUGGCUUCUACCUUUGUGGAUUUCCUCGACUUGUACGGGAGCUUUGCGGGUGAAGCGCUCGAAGACACCGACGAGGACGAGGACGAAUCUGCAGUCACUGAUGAGUCUGAAGAAGUCCCUGACGAACAGCGCCCGCUGCUCAGGCGACCCAAGACCGAUCGCCGGAAAAGCUCUCGACGCCUCAGCCGGGAGGGUGACGCCAGCACCGUAAAGACCUUCUUCACGCUCCUCAAAGCUUUUAUUGGCACAGGCAUCCUAUUCUUGCCAAAGGCCUUCCGCAACGGAGGCAUCCUCUUCUCAUCACUUGCUCUUAUUUCUGUUUCGCUGAUCAAUUGCUUCUGUUUCCGCAUGCUGCUUGACUGUCGUCAGAAGUAUGGCGGUGGUUACGGAGAGCUUGGAGAAUCCAUCGUCGGUCCUCGCUUUCGAAGCCUUAUCCUCGCCUCAAUUGCGAUUUCUCAGCUCGGCUUCGUCUGCUCAGGCCUCAUUUUCACGGCCGAAAAUUUGUAUUCUUUUCUCAACGCCGUGACGAAAGACGCUAGUCAUAUUGGAGUGGCAGGUAUCAUUGCGCUGCAAUUUCUCCCUCUCAUUCCGCUAGCUUUAAUUCGCAACAUCUCCAAACUGGGGCCUGUCGCGCUUGUGGCUGAUGCGUUUAUCCUUAUCGGACUUGUAUACAUUUGGUACUACGAUAUUGGCAGCCUGGCCAGGCACGGCAUGGACCCGAGUGUUAGGCUCUUCAAUCCUUCAGACUUUCCGCUCACUCUCGGCUCGGCCAUUUUUACAUUUGAAGGAAUUGGCUUAAUCCUCCCGAUCCAAUCGAGCAUGAAGAAACCACAUCAAUUCAAAGGACUUUUGUACUUUGUCAUGUUCCUCAUCACCGCCAUCUUCACGUCGGUUGGAGCUCUCUGUUACGCUACGUUUGGUGAGAACACCAAGAUUCAGAUCAUCUCCAACUUCCCACAAGACUCGCCUGUCGUCAAUGCGGUUCAGUUCCUCUACUCGCUCGCGGUGCUAGCAGGUGAACCUGUGCAGCUGUUUCCCGCCGUGCGUAUCUUGGAGACUUCGAUAUUCGGCGAGCGAGCUACAGGGAAACGGAGCCUUGCAAUCAAAUGGAAGAAAAAUGGGCUUCGGACUUUGGCCAUUGCUGUUUGCAUUUGCGUCGCUAUAUUUGGAGCAAGUGAUUUGGAUAAGUUUGUGGCCUUGAUCGGAGGUGUUGCGUGUGUUCCACUGGUCUACAUCUACCCUGCUUAUCUGCAUUACAAGGGUGUUGCAGAGACUUCGUGGGAGAAGGGUUUGGAUAUCUCGACAAUGGUCAUCGGAACAAUUGCGAUGGCAUACACGAGCUCUGUCACACUUGUGCAGUGGAUUCGAGGCUGA